CCCAAAAUAUUCCCACUUUUGUUUUCCCAUUAAACAAACACACAAACACACCUCCCUAAACUCAUUCUUCACUCCCUUCCCCCAAAAGCCAUGUUCCAAAGCAUCACAUUCUCCCUCACUUUCCUCCUCUUUAUCACACCACUCCCCGCUCUCCCCAUCCUACCCGACCCGGACCCCGCCGCCGUCCAAACCCAAACCCUCCACCGCCCCCCGCCGGCCACCAUCCCCGCCUUCCCGGAGCAAUCCGACGCAUCCGCCUGCCCCCUCGACCUCCCCGACCAGCUCUUCCGCGACAUCAAAUCCGCCUGCGGCCCCAACUCCUACUCGGGGCAGCUCCACCGCAGCCGCUGCUGCCCCGUCCUCGCCGCCUGGCUCUACUCCGCCUACUCCGACACCGCAUUGCGCCCCUCCGCCGCCGCCAAAUCCCCGCCCGCCUACGAGAUGCCCGUGCUCCCCGAAGACUCCGAGACGUGCGUCGAUUCGCUCGAGAAGGCGCUCGGCGGGAGGGGCAUCCAGCUCCGCCGCCCUAACGACACGUGCGACGUCGUUUACUGCUAUUGCGGCAUCCGAUUGCACCCUUUCACCUGCUCCGAGGCGUUUAGGCUCAAUUCGCGCGGGAAAUUGGUCGGCGGGGAGGCGGUGGAGAAUUUGGAGAGGGAUUGCGCCGCCGGGCGCGGCGGUUGCUCAAAGUGCCUCAACAGCCUUUAUUUGCUCAACGGGGAAAGAGGCGGAAGAAGCAACAGAACAGAGCGGACGAACAAGAUGCACAACCAGGACUGUCAGCUCAUGGGUAUCACUUGGCUUCUGAACAAGGACCGAUCUGCGUACAUACACACUGUAUCUGCAGUUCUAAGGGCUCUCAUGAUGAAUACAGACGACGCCUCUGAUCCGACUUUCUGCAGCCUCAACAGCGACGGCAUGCCUCUUGCAGUCGACUCUUCAGAAAUCAACGAUCAGUCAUCAUCAACAUUUUUGAAAGUAAGCCUUCACAAGUACCUAGUGCCACUUUGUUUGCUAUACAUGAGCAUUCUUUGGUUUGUCAUUUGAGCAUUAGUCGAAUUAAGCCUUCAUUUUGCCGUGCAAAGUUACCACUCUAUUCAACGUCUUAGUGUGGGGGCGAGGGAUGCUCGUCUGCUGCCAUCGUUUCUAGUUUAGAGUCUUUGCAUUUUGUUUGAGACUGAUCUGUAUAUAAGACCAUUGGAUUAAGUAUCUUUCUAAGUUUCUUGUUUGAAGCCAUA